GGCGGAGGCAGGAGGGCCGGGGCGGCUCACUUCCUCCGGCAGCCGGAGCCUCCAGCGGGGUGGCGGGAGGACGAGCCACGGGAGACGAGGCACCAUCCAAGGACUCUUGUGGAGGCCACUAGCUGCUUUUGCAGGAGCUGAACGUAUCCCAGGAUACAGGAGCUGCAGAGGGAGCAGCACGGGCAGCCUGCCCAGGAGCCAACAUGGAGCAGAAGAUCAGCUCUUUUUUUAACUCCAUCUUGGAACUCAUUCGUACCAAGCAUGAAGAGGGUAUCUUCAACACUGUCUGCCUGGUUGUGCUUCUGGGUCUGCCCUUUGUUGUCCUCAUUGCCUUCAUUUUCAUCUGCUGCCACUGCUGCUUUUGCAGCCAGAGGAGAGAAAGAAGGAAGAAAGGUGGCCCCAGUAGCAAUGGGCAGCUGCAUGCAGAAAGGAACAAAAAGAAAAAGAAGAAGAAGAAGGAUGAAGAGGACCUGUGGAUCUCAGCCCAGCCCAAGCUGCUUUUGCUGGACAAGAGACCCUCCUUGCCUAUCUAGCAGACAGGAGGGGAUUCAGAGCCUUCCCUCUGAGAUGCCACCAGUCCUUUCAGCUGGGGUGAGGAGAUGCCAAAGCUGCUGCCACUUGAUGGUGACUUUCAAAAGCAGCUGAGCCCAGCAACUAACCAGCAUAUUGAAGGGCCAGCAGAGAGCAAGGCAGCGAGGCACAGGUUUAUGCAAGCCCCUUCUCCCUUACCAUGGCAGCAUAGCUAAGGGCAGAAACCCCUCCAAAGGACAGGUGUGUGUGUGGACACAUGCCCUGCUGAGCACACAGGGGUGACCCUACCACCAGGCUGUCACCUACCUCCCACCACAAGCACAAUGCACAUGCACUGGGCUGGCACGCAGCAAGGCUUUCCCUCUGCACCCGUGUGCAAGCACAGGCACUGUGGCACAGACCAGGGCACACAGGACCACAUGCACUCCAGGGCCGAGCCGUCUGCACACUCCCCCUCCAUGAACAUAACAGCUGCAUGCGAAGCAAGCACAGGAGCGCACCUCAUUUGCUUGCCCUGCCAUGGGGGUGGCACAGCUGGCCUGUCUGAGCUCUGUCCAAACCCAGCCCACGCUGGAGAUGCAAAAAAGCCUAGUUAAGAGUUACCUCACAGUUCUAAGAUGUGCCAUCUCCCCAGCCACCAAACCAAAGGCAACUGAGAGCAUCUGAAACCAGGUACCCUCAGCUCAACCUUAGAGACCUCAAGACACUCCCUCAAGACAGCAAAAUAGAAGGCUGCAUUGCCACCCAGGCUAGAGGCAGGGAGGAGAGAGGAGGCUACAAGACCAGCCCUUUUGCACUAGCACUUAAGAAAUAUCUUCUUGAAAGACUUUUAUGCAGACUCACUGCUAAAGAGCCCAACACGCUACUGCAAGAACAGAAACACAAGCUGAAACUGCACAAAGGCUUAGCUAUGGGCAUUAGAGUUAUUUAUUGAAUGACUACUAAAGAGCAGGACCAAAAGCCUUCCCCUGGGGGCUAGGCACACCCAGGCGGUAUUGAAGCAGCAGACAUGCUUCCCCAGCACACUCAGGCAUCCCUUCUCCCUUGUGCCACGCCUCUGACACACAGACCCACCAGCACACGCCACUGCCAGCUGAUGCCAUGUGGGCAGCUCUCUAUGCCACUCAGAGGGCUUCAGUACAGCUGUAAAGGAGCAGAGGGGAGUAACCUUCAUGCUCACUGUCAGCCUUUACCC